UGCUAUGACAGCACCAAUGCUCACAGUACUGGGAAGGGAGCAAAAUUCCUGAUGAGUCUCUUAAACCUCCAGAUAUGGUGCAAGGGAAGCGUGUGCUGGUCACAGGUUCAAGCACUGGGAUUGGGGAACAAAUAGCCUACGAGUUUGCCAGGAUGGGAGCCCACCUGAUCAUCACCGCUCGGAGGGAGAAGCAGCUCAAGGAGGUGGCAAAGAAGUGCUUGGAACUGGGGGCGAGUUCUGCCAGGUAUGUUGUGGCCGACAUGAACAACUUGAGUUCAGCCCAGGAAGUCAUUGAAGAAGCUGGAAGCAAACUAGGAGGCCUUGACUACCUAGUUUUGAACCACGUUGGAGGAACUGGUUCAUUUGGCCCAUUUCAGGGAGAUAUGACAGAAGUGACCAGCUCCAUGACUGUCAACUUUUUGAGCUAUGUCCAGCUGACUGCUUCAGCCAUGACUAUGCUGAAGGAGUCUCAGGGCAGUAUCAUUGUCAUCUCCUCCUUGAGUGGUAAGGAAAGCUGCUCCCUGCCAGUGGAUUACCUAACCUGUACUACUCUAAGUCAAGCUGGCUCCAUGCCUAACCAUACUAGGGAAAUCAUUGUUUCCACUUUACAGGAAAUACUAUUCUCUUUUCCUGCCUGUCCCAGGGGCUUUCAGUUCCAGGGAAGCUCUGUUAACUCCUUGGUGACUAAGGAGGCAUCAUUGCAACUCUUCUCUAAAUUAGUCUUCCAAAUGCUCUUUGCAAACUGAUCUAGAA